CCAUUGGUUCACAUUCAUGUUUACAGCCGUUUCAACUGUUUCUGUGUGAAUCAACGAAGCAGGACAGCUGAUGUCCUGACGGACAAAAUGCCAAAUUUUGUCCUUUUGCUAAUUCUGGGAAUCCACAGCACUGCAGCUGUGACCCACUCUCUGAAGUAUUUCUACACUGCGUCCACUCAAGUCCCAGGCUUCCCAUAGUUUGUGGUUGUUGCGUUGGUUGAUGAUGUUCAGAUUGCUUAUUAUGACAGUGUGAUUAAGAGAGCAGAACCCAAACAGGACUGGAUGAGGGAGAUCACUGAUCAGCAGUACUGGGAGAGAGAGACUGGAAACUUUCUGGGUAACCAGCAGAUCUUCAAAGCCAACAUUGAAAUCUUAAAGCAGCGCUUCAACCAAACUGGAGGAGUUCACGUUGUUCAGCACAUGUAUGGCUGUGAGUGGGAUGAUGAGACUGCAGAGGUCAAAGGUUAUGAUCAGUUUGGUUAUGAUGGAGAAGAUUUCAUUGCCCUGAGCCUGGAGACAAAAUCCUGGAUCGCUCCAACCCGACAAGCUGUCAUCACCAAACAAAAAUGGGAUCGUAAUGUAGCUUUUGUAAAGAAUGAGGAGAACUACUUAACUGAGAAUUGUCCUGAGUGGCUGAAGAAAUAUGUGAACUAUGGGAGAAACUCCCUGAUGAGAACAGAACUUCCAUCAGUUUCUCUCCUCCAGAAAUCUUCAUCCUCUCCAGUCAGUUGCUUCGCUACAGGUUUCUAUCCCAACAGAGCAGAAAUGUUCUGGAGGAAAGAUGGAGAGGAGAUUCAUGAUGAUGUGGAGAAAGGAGAGAUUCUCCCCAACAAUGAUGGGACCUUCCAGAUGAGUAUCAACAUUUAUCUUUCAUCUGUCCCACCUGAAGACUGGCCCAGGUACGAAUGUGUGUUUCUGCUUUCUGGAGUUGAGAGAGACGUCAUCAGACUGGAGAAAACAAGAAUCAGGAACAAUGAAUUGAAAAGUGUCUCAACAGUAAAUAACAACACUAUGACCAUCCUUGUUGCUGUUGCCGUGGGUUUCCUUGGUCUUGUUGUCAUUAUUGGAUUCAUUCUUUACAAAAAGAUUAAAGGUUCUGAAGACACCAAGACGUCACCAUCAGGCCCAGAAGCUUCAUCUUUAAAUAGUAAAUGUUCAGACGACAGCCAAGGCAAACCUCUGGUGUAACGCUAAAAGAAACAAAUGAGGACUUUGGACACCAAGGCACCAAAAUAUGAGUUUUCUUGAGUCUCUGCAUCCAAAUAAAACAUCAAAUGUA